AUGAACAACACUACGAUUCUGAGUGACUGCUUCUCGGCGCAAACCAUACCAGGACACUACAAGAACAACGAAUUGAAUCCUGAUGUCGGCGGGUUCGCGGUUGGCCUCUCGAACAUAGUAAUCAACAUUGUACUGCCAAUUCUCCUUCGUUGGGCACACGACGACGUGCAGACGACCGUGGUGAUGCUCCUUUCUCAAGUAUACCCAAUCAUGAUCGCCACAGCAGGGAGUAUCAACAGCACCAACCUCAGUCUCUUCGAUGCCCAUUUUGCCGUUGCCGUCACUGCGUCGCCCAUCUCCGUGUACUUGGUAUACUCAGCCUUUCGAGAUUUCCUGGGCCACCAUAACUCCCUCUUCGAGAAUCUGCGCACCGGGAAGACCAUCAUACGUUACCUUUCACUUGCACUACCUUUCUUGUGGCUGGGAAUUAACCUGACAAUUUCCUUCUCACCUCGGGCCUUCAAGAACAGCCCUGACUAUUGUCGAGGCAUGACUUUCACCCGUUGGUUUGAGUUCCAAGCUGUCUCCAACUUCAUAGGCGUUCUUGACGUCAUGGGCCGUCGUGAUAUUUGGAACGACCUCCAAGGGAGGGGCGGAUUAGGCGCCAUAGCUUUGGCAAGUAUGUGGGUUUGGGCGAUUUAUAUAGUGAGACACAGAUACGACAUCCUGGACGAAUUAGUUUAUCGGAAGGAAAGACAAUCCAAGAGAAGCACCCUUGCGAAGAUUUGGUAUCGUGUUUGGAAUAUCCCAGCUGCUUCAUGGUUCGUUGUCACUACGUCUCAUCCUUGGAUGAUUUUUGUCAUUAUCAUGUGUCUACACUGGAGUUGGGUGCUCGGCAUUGCGAAAGGCAUGACAAGCAGCCAGCAAUAUGAGUUGUCGUACGGCCAGAUCAUGUCUCUUUUCUCGACUGUGCCUCCCAUCCUCGCGCUUUGCAAACUACUCAACUUGCGAUACAGAAACUUGGUCGACUUCAUGAAGACACUCCCUUUCCAAUUUUGUGUGGGUGCAAAGUUCCUUCUGAUGGGCUCUCCGAACCCGUGGGAUUUCUACGAGGCCCAUGGGGAGUUGCCCAGAAGGCUUGUUGCUGUCUGGCCUCUGGAUCAGGUUUGGAGCAUUGUGGUUGCGCUAUGGCUAGGCUUCACAUCCCUCGAUGCCUGGUGGGUUUACUGGUAUGUCAGAUCCGGGAGUAUGCCCAAUCCUCGGACCAAAGUGAAUGACCCGCACAGAGCCUGGAAGCCUUUCUCAGUGGCUAUGUAUACCUACGGCUACUGCAUCUGCUACGUCAACAUAUACAUUUGGACUGUAUUUUACGAUGGGAAUUAUUCUUUGACUGGCAAAUUUGGCUCCUGGCUCUCAUGCCUGAGGGAGACACUCAGCCACCGUCAACGGAACUUGCUGCGUGCUCUCAAAUUUAUGAUUAUUCCUCUGGCCUUCGUAAUGUGCUGCGGUGGCCUCUUCAUCCCCUUUGCAGCACUCCCUUUGGCGCAGCAGUAUCAAUGGUCCAGAUUCUGUGAACGUUACCCAUUCGAGGGUGAAGUCAUCCUAACAGGUGCCACGAAUCCAGGCCUAAAGUCCACAGCGACCUUUUUCUAUAGCGGAUCGAGCACCUUCCGCGAACGAUACUUCGAUUAUUCUAUAGUCCCCAACGAAACCUUUUCCCUGCAGACCCUCAUCUUCAAUCCCAAGACGUCGCCUAGCCCGAAUCGGCCUCAAGUUGUCAGUGUCGCAUAUAACACCAGCGAGCAGAGUUUCGAAGCUCGGUGCACUGUUAGUCAAAACGCUUCGAUGACGGCAUUGUGCGCUUUCGGGACCUGGACCAAGAAGAAAUAUCUCUCGUUCAGAAUUCAAGAUGCCCACAACAAUUCGAUCACAUACCUUCGUACUGUCGACGAAGAGUGGGAAUUCUCAGACGACGCCCCCAGUCUUGUCCUCAAGCAUCAAGGUUUCGAUAACACUAACGACCUCGGCGGCGUUGUCCUCCAGACAGCUGUGACGCAGCGAAACUAUUGCUACCGCUUGAAGACCUGUUUGGCCUCCCCAGAGGCGGAUGUGGCAACGGUGGUUCCUCUGGGAGUUAUUCUCCUGACCCAACAAACCUUUGCUGGAUAUUGCACUCGUCCCAGAAUCUACGCCUUAUGA